CUCACCCAAGUCUCUGUUUACAUUUAUGUUUCUGAUAACCUUCUCACUAUGCGGUUGUAGCUCUUUGCAUAGUGUUCUCCACGCUGGUGGAUCUUGCAGAAAUAUUAAUAUGUCCUCAUAGUUGUCUAGCGGCUUACAGAAAAUACAACAUGCCUUAGCUAAACCAUAAUAGACAAGACGUGCCAGCCAAAUGCGCAAAUGGUUGCCUCUAAAAAGGCUUCAGCAAGUUUACUUCAAGGUUUUCAUUGCAUUCAUCCUGGGAUUGAUUGCAUUGAUUCAAUUUUUUGCAUGCUAUGGAUAUUAUAACUAUGAAUGCAUUCCUAGGAGUGAAAUAGAGAAGCACAUUUAUUUACACGCAAACCCUAAUUUAGUGAAAAGAGCUAACCCAGACUGCAGAUAUGAGGAUAUUUAUCAGAAAUAUUACCCAGAUGAUUGGGAAAUCAAUGGGCAUGUUGACGGGUUUCUUCCACAUGGAAUUGCAAAUGGCAGUUUUAUUCCAAAGGACUGCAAUCCUCUGAUAAGUGUGGCUAUACUUGUUACAUAUAGGAAAAGACAGAAGCAAUUGGAUAUAUUUAUUCCAUAUAUACAUAAUUUUUUAAGGAAACAAAAUAUACACUACAAGAUAUAUGUCAUUGAACAACAAGAUGAUAAGCCCUUCAACAAGGGGCUGUUGUACAAUGCGGGCGCGCGGAGGGCGCUCGAGGAGAGGUUCCCGUGUCUCAUUCUGCACGAUGUAGACCUUUUGCCGGUCAACGCCGCCAACAUCUACGCCUGCCUUCGCCUUCCUCGACACAUGAGCGCUAGCAUCGACAAGUUCCGCCUCAAUCUACCCUACGAGUCCCUAACAGGCGGGGUCCUGGCCAUCCGCGCCGACCACUUCCGCCAGAUCGACGGCUUCUCCAACCGCUUUCAAGGCUGGGGCGGAGAGGACGACGAUCUCGCGCUGCGCCUGCGGCACGCCGCUUUAGAUAUUUUAAGACUGCCCCCGGAGAUGUCGAGGUACCGGAUGCUGGUGCACCGUCAGGAGCGCAAGAACGCGGCUCGGCACCGGCUGUUGGAGACGGGGCCCGAGCCGAGGGACGGGUUCCGAGCGCCCGACCACCCCGCCCCCCUCGCCCCUGUCACCCACACACGCCUCUACGCCCUCAUCAGAGUGCGCACCUGACUCCCUUGGCACCCCUUAUUCAAGCGCUGCUAGUCAUUGGUCAAUUGUGUUAAAUAAUCGCGCUCAGUCGAAUAAAAUGAAAAUGAAUUAUAA